AUGGUACUCGCAGAACUGCAUUUGGUUAUUGUCCACACUGAUCAAUCCUUUAUUUUCUCGGGUAACAUCUCCCUCCGUCACCUAAUCCGCUCUACUCCUUCUUCACUUUCCUCCAAUGCUGUUUCUCAUCUCGAACACGCAGGUAUCACCCAGCUCCAUCAUCUCGCAUCGUGGACUCUCAACUCUGACUACCCUACCCUACCUCCCUCUUGGUCCCUUACUAUACAUCCCAAUCUCUUUCCCCUCCUCCGUUUCACCCCGGCUGCCUCCGACUGGCCGGAUAUUCAACACUGGAUUGCCUCGCUCACGCUCCACGAUCUCACCACUGCACCACUUACUUCGGCUGCAACACCGCUUCCGACUUUAGUAGGUACGGGAAGUUCUGGCAUUGUAUUGUACAAUGCCCGCGACACAAGAAUUGGAAGUUCUGGCAUUCGUCCCCACAACGCUCGUGUUCCUGGGAGCUCUGGUGACACUUGUGUCGCCCGUGAUUGGAUGCUUACCCUACCCCGUGAUUUUCGACGCGCUCUCGCUGAGCACGUCCUCCACACUCUCACACUUGUUUCCUCCCAACCCCCUUCACAUUUUGCACUUCCUAUGUUCGCUUCUGAUGGUUCCCUCAUCCUCGCCGCACCCUCAUUCCGUCAAUUUCGUUCUGCCGUCUUUGCCGCAGCUCGUCCCACCUCCACUACCGUCUGCUCCCUCGCCUCCUUCCACAAUGGCGCUUCUAUCCUUCAUGCCGAAGUCUACGGUCUCGUCGCGGCGUCCUUGCAGGCAUCCACACCAUCCUCACUUCCUCCUUCACCUUCCGCUCCGCUUUACACCGAUCACCUCAACUCCACCCGUAUAAUUAAUGACUCCCUUUCCACAUCUUUUCAAUCCCUUCCCAAUCGUUGGUCCUCCCUCCCCGCGCGCUCAUUGUACCAAUGGCUCCGUCAGAUCCUCACAUCCUCAUCCUCUUCCCCCCUUCCUGUGCAAAUGCGUUCGUCGACCAGCUUGCAAGUCACUCUCACUUUCAGCCACUUCCAUCUACUCCAAUCCCUACCUUUACUAUGGAUGACUAUACACUAUUCUCGCACACCGAUGGCUACAUUGAAUCCGAUCUUUCUACCUACAUCUCCUGCACCCUUAUAG